GGGAGGUGGGAGCGCUCCUAUUUCAGCCCCUGACGCACUGCCUCUGGGGAGGAAACGGAGCUGCAAACUCAGUCCUGCUCUGCUGUACAGGGUGCAGGGCAGAGGGAGAGCCAAUCACCGAAACGCACAGGCUCCCUUUAAGCCUGACAUAUCUCCAACAGGAACAAAUUGUCCCAACAAUCAACAUCCCAAUCUGCUGCGCGCAUCAGGGGCUGGAGUGGAGUGGAUAGCCUAUAGGCCUGUGCUGCGCGGACGGGCUGCGCCGGAUUGCAUCGCGACAAGAAAACUUUAAAACACAGAAAAAUAAACGACAGCUAUCGCUUUGGAUACCAACGUUUCGGGCGGAGGAGUGAGCUCGGACAUCAUGUCUAUUUUACCGUCCUUCGGCUUUACGCAGGAGCAAGUGGCGUGCGUUUGCGAGGUGUUGCAGCAGGGAGGAAACCUGGAGAGGCUCGGCCGCUUCCUGUGGUCUCUACCCGCGUGUGAUCACCUUCACAAGAACGAGAGCGUCCUCAAAGCCAAGGCGGUGGUGGCCUUUCAUCGGGGGAACUUCAGAGAGCUCUAUAAGAUCCUGGAGAGCCACCAGUUUUCUCCGCACAACCACCCGAAGCUGCAGCAGCUCUGGCUGAAGGCGCACUACGUGGAGGCGGAGAAGCUGCGCGGCCGGCCGCUCGGAGCUGUAGGGAAGUACAGGGUGCGGAGGAAAUUCCCGCUGCCCCGUACGAUAUGGGACGGCGAGGAGACCAGCUACUGCUUUAAGGAGAAGUCCAGGGGCGUCCUGAGAGAGUGGUACACGCAUAACCCUUAUCCGUCCCCGCGGGAAAAGAGAGAGCUGGCCGAGGCCACAGGACUGACCACCACGCAGGUCAGCAACUGGUUCAAAAACAGACGGCAGAGAGACAGAGCCGCAGAGGCGAAGGAGAGAGAGAACAGUGAAAACAACAACGCAGGCGGCAACAAACAGAACCAGCUGUCCCCGCUGGAUGGAGGAAAGUCUCUCAUGUCCAGCUCGGAGGACGAGUUUUCUCCACCUCAGAGCCCCGACCAGAACUCAGCGCUUUUGCUCCAGGGCAACAUGAGCCACCCCGGGGCCUCCGCUUACUCCAUGCCCGGCCUCGGGGCCCCACAGCCGGUGCACGGCAUGCACGGACACCCGCAUCAACUGCAGGACUCCUUGUUGGGACCUCUAACCUCCAGUCUUGUGGAUUUGGGCUCUUAAAGAGGCUGCCAGAUGAUUAUAUUUUACAAAAACCGACAAAAAAAAAACAGAAGAGAAGAAGACUGAUAAGUGUAUCAGAUUGAGUAGCCUACAUGUAUGAAAUAACACUAUAGUAGCCUACCUUAUAAUAUAGACUGACUUGUCUGUCGUUAAAUUUGGUUAGAACAAAACUCCUUUAUGCGCUUAUCCUGUCCUCCUCUGUCAGGAGGUUUUUUCUCAUCUCCUGCACACGAAAACACACAAACAAGACCUUUCUGAAACUCUAAACUCAACGAAACACUUAACUGGACUGCCCAUUUGCUUAAUUUAUGAUAUUUUGUUAAGAUUAAAAAAAUAUAGUAACUUCCUGCAAUGGAAACUAAGAGGUAACGUUUUCAUUAGAGUCAUGGUAAUUAGUUUCCAAUAAAACAAAAGUAAUUCA